GAUUCUGUACAGUAAGUCGGGAACUUGCCAUUAAAGCGUGCGACAGGAUCAAGGGGUUGGAGCCACUGGGGGUGCUGCUACACUAUCCCACUUUCCGGGGACGAACUAACUCUUUCGAGGACACCGCGAUACAGUCUCUUGUGAUUGGCCAAUUUGAGGAGGAUGCGCUCCCGGUGACUCGACUUGAAGUCCACCUCAUCUCAGUAUUUACCAAGCUUGUGUCCAGACUCGAGUCGCUUGAUCUCUUUCUUCCUUAUCCCUUUUCGACAGUCUCGCUCACCACACCGUAACCCUCGGCGUGGUCUUGUCAAUAAAAGCGACCUCUUGCGAAAGCGCUGCCUCGAUAGCUACCAUAUCAUCCGCAGACCACAAGAAUCUCUACUACCCAUUAUCUCUUAUUUUCGAAAGACUAUCAAGAUUUCUUCAUUCUCAAACUUCGAUCAAGAUUCGUACUCCACCUUAGCAAUGGAUAUGUCUACCCAAUUGCCUAUGGCCGGCUACUUCAUCUACCGCUCAGGUGAACAAGCCGACCCCACCGCUCUCGAGUUCUGCCCUCCUAAAGGUUCAGAUGAACUCUUCUUCGCUCUCAAAGUCGCCUACCCCCAUGUCAAGACUCACUCGGACCGCAUGAGAAAUGCUGUUAUCGAAUUCCUCAAGCAGGAACUCGCCGAGGAACAAACCAUGGCAGCCCCUGCCAUUCCUAUGGACUCCGACCUGAACUACGACCUCUCCACCGAAUCUCCCUGGUCAUCGUGGCCUUCCAUGGACUCAACUACAUCUACUCUUAGCAGCCCUGAUCUUCUCAACCUGGCUACUCCUGCCUCCAUGACUUCCUCCUACGCUCCUACCAUGAGCCGUCAGAACUCUUCAUCUCAAGCCAACACCAGUCAAAAAGCCAAGCCUGGUCUUGAAGAGAUGACCGGUGUGUUCAGCUUGUCAUCAACAUCUCAACCCAAGACUCGCGUCCGAAGAAAGAUGACCGAGUCCGAGAAGCUCGAGUACCGCAAGCGUCGUAUUGUCAAGGCAUGCGACUCGUGCAGCAAGCGUAAGCGAAAGUGUUCCCACAACCAACCUGAGAUGGAGAAGGUCCGCUCUUCCAAGGUCACCAAGCUCAAGGUAGCAGCAGCAUCGACCAUCCACCCCGCACGCGUCGAGCAAAUCGAGAAGGCCGUCUUCCAGCCCGCAGAGCCAGCCAUUCUUGCUGAAGACCCCUUCAUGUUCCUGGACCAAAGCCUGUUCAGCGAGCUUCCCUCCACCGACCCACUGUUUAUCGACAAUGCUGGAACGUAUAACCUCUUCGAGCCUCAGGUAUCUCAAGCUUCGGAGCAAGUGUCGUCGACUGCAUGGCCAUGGAGCGAUACUCCUGACUGGACUCUUAUUGAUACUCCUCUACUCACUCAAGCGUCGCCAUCCUCCCCAUCAUACCACCAGGCACUGUUCCCGGCAUCGACUGGACUACUUUCACCACAGCCGACACCACAACUCGAAUUGAUGCAUGAGCCGGCUGAACAAGUAGAGACUCGAGAGUCACCGACAACUGAGCAAACCCCAACUCGCACGUGGCGCACAUUCUCAGACUUCUCUCGUACGGCAUUCUCUACCUCCGACGGACUUGACGGAAAGGAACAAUCCGCCUCUAUGGGACUGUCAACCCCUGGCGACAUGAUGUCGCCAUCCCAAUUACGUGACCAGCACUCAUCAUCGGCAACUCUCCUUGGAACUCAAAUUUCUCUUUCCUCUAGUGAUUCAAGACGCGAAAGAUCAACCAUGCCUUCUGGCAGCCAACAAACAUUGUCGCAACUGGUUCCACAAGUCAACGGACUAACCAGCACUAUCCGCCCUGAAGGACAACGACUUCAAGGCAAUGGCGGAAUUGGUGGUAGUGGCCUGAUCAACGGACUAAGCCAUGCGAUCUCACCACAAGUAACGAUUACUCAGUCUGGCGCAGGAGUACGCCACGUAACGAGCGAAGGCGCUGCCUCGUCUCCCACAACAUUGGGAGACGGUCGUAUCGGGAACCCCAUCAAUGCUAGCAGUACAGCUGCAGUUGCCAAUGCUACACAUCAAAGGACGGCCAUGGGACGUUCGUCUACCAGCCCAUCCACAGGACUUUCGAGUAUCAUGGCAACGGCUUACGACCAGUCACUUGCCCCGAUUGCCGAAAGACGCGAUCAUGGACUCAGCAACACGCUGAAGAAACAGCCUACCACGUCUGACAGAAGCGUCUCUCGAGGAGGACUUGAUGAUAAUGAAGAAGCACCGUCAGCGGCCCGACCAUCAAGCUUGUCGGCCGACUCAACGAGCACAUCGUCAUCAUCAAGUAUAUCCCGCACCGCGCCAUCUGAUCCACGACCUCGAUCUCAAGCCGCCAGUCCAGACCUACAUGGCGGACUUGCUGCCACAGCCAGCACGCCCAGCACACCCUUCCACAAGAACGCACACGACGAAGACCCCGGGCACCAAACCUCGGUCACGCAGACCAAGGCCCGCCCGGAUGCUAGCAGCGACGAGAUGUCGCCCACGCUACCGCUCAAGUCUGGCGCACGCAGUACUCAUGGCCAUGGCCGCAUGAGUGCCGUUGCUGCCAGUGCCAGCGACGACGCAAAGACAAGUUCAUCCUCUGCGCCUACCGCACUUCAAGCGGUAUCGGCAAACGAGCAACCUUUGCGUCACCGUCUGAAGCGUUCGCCCGGAAGAAGCCUCGCUCCUGCAACCUCUGCAAGUCUUGAAGCUACUACUACCGUUAGUAGUAGUACAGGUCUCGCGGCCGCUAUCUUGGUGGCCCAGGUUUGCAUGACAUGGCGGGCCAUGGCGACGGCAUUCGUGCAGGCGACUUCGAUACGCGCUUCUUGUGGCAUCAACGACAGAGAUAGUCAGUCUCUGUCGAUGAACAGGACUGCUGCUGUGUUGGUUGCUUAGCACGACGAGGGUGAGCUCGAUAAACUUUUUGAUUUACGAUUGAUAGCGUUUUUGUUUGAUUGUUCUUCUGCUGUUUUGGAUUAUGAUGGAGAUGGAGAUGGAGACAUUGAGAUGGAGGAUGUCGAGGAGGAAAAGUAAUUGGCGUUUCGUGUUUUUUUUACGCUUUACAAUUUCUUUUUAUUUUAUACUUGGUGCUCUCGUUUUAUAAACGAUUGAGCUCUAGAUAUCUGGUUUUGCGAAUGCAAUCGAUUUUACAC